GUUGCAUUGGUUGCUUGCUUUGUUGAUUUCUAUUUUUCUAUUAAAUAAAGCGAUAGCUUAUCUUUCAGAUUCAGGACAGCCACGCCACGACGGUUAUUGGCAAUUGGUUUAAUAUUAUAUUGUCGCCGCGCCUCUUACGAUAAAUUUAUCGCACAGAUACGUCACUUUCGCAAAAUUCGAAACGCAUGCUUUAAAAUUUAUAUACUGUUAAUUUUGUGACCAUAAGUGGAUGUGCUGUGCUAAUCUUUAAGUUUAAAUAGCAAAACCUUAAUUCAAGUGAAAUAAAGUAUAAUUAGUGGUUAAUUUAUCAAAAUGUCGGCGUUAAAUAAUUUCUCCGUGUCAGUAGCGAGAAGCUUGCGGCGUCUUCGUAAUAAAGACCUGACGAAUGAUUUACCGACGCGGUCUCCGAAGCGUCGUGGGAGUUCGGCCUCAAAAGAACUAGACCCGAAAAUGAAAAUGGACAAAUGUCUGAUUGUUUCAAAGGCCACAAGAUACGACUACGAAAAACAUAGUCACGAUAAUAUAUCGGACGUGGAGUUGGAGAGGAUAUUGAGGCAGCGCGGUUCAGACUACGACAUGAUCAUGGCGAACCACAGAGAACAGAAGGCGUUUGAGGAGGGCAUCGCGAAAAAUCUCAAGGACAUGGGCAUCAAGGUUGAAAUGGCUAGCAGACGUACGUACAAUGAUGAAUUGAUAAAGUGGUGCGACGUUGUGGUGCCCUGUGGUGGGGACGGAACUUUUUUAUUGGCGGCCUCAAGAGUCCGAGAUCCCAAUAAGCCCGUGAUAGGUUUGAACAGCGCCCCGCACAAGUCCGUGGGACGUCUCUGUCUGCCCACGUGGUGCUCGAACGAUGUGAAGGGCGCGCUCCACGCCCUCAAGGAGGGUCGAUUCCGUUGGAUGCGUCGUUCAAGGAUACGCACGACGGUCACCUGCGAACCUAAACACCUGGACACCAUCACGCCAGUCGACUUACACACGCUGCAUUACAGCAGGUACCCGCCUGUGCAUAGCGCAGAAUACAACACAGACACCAAGAGGCCACUCGGAAUAGACGCACAAGGAGAUAACUCCACAUUGGCCACCAAGGUUCUGCCGUUUCUGGCGUUGAAUGAGGUUUUCAUAGGCGAGAGCGUGACGUCUAGGGUUUCGGUACUGAGGUUGCAGAUCGACAACGGCAAGUGGACGCACACGAAAAGCUCCGGCCUCUGCGUGACCACCGGAACCGGAAGCACCUCCUGGCAUUUCAGCAUAAACUGUCUCAGAACGCAUUCAGUUCUCGAACUGAUGAAGAUACUGGCCCAAGAUUACAACGUUAAGCUCGACACGAGUCUAGAGAAAGCCCGGGAGGUCGCCGAGAGAUACAACAAGAAGCUCAUGUUCGGACCUGAAUCGGAGCAGCUCGCAUAUUCAGUCCGGGAGUACAUAACUUUCGAGGAGUGGCCGGCGCCGCGGGGGCUGCGCGUCCGGGACCGCGCGUCCGCCGUCUGCGUGCGCUCGCACUGCACUGACGCAGGGCUAGUCAUAGACGGCAGUGUAUCCUUCCCGUUCAACGACGGUACUGAGGCUCUCCUGGAGAUCCACCCGGAGGACUCCCUUAUGACCGUGCAAAUGGACGACGCUUUACCGUAUUGAACUAGUUCAAUGAAAAAACAACUGUAUUUAGAUCAAUAUAGAAUCUAAAAUAAUAAUUCAAUAAUAACGGCUGAAUAAAAUAUAAUAUAUUUCCUGUGAACAGUGAACGUUUUGUUGGAUUAAAGAUUAGAUCGAAGAAUGUAAGGGACGUAAAAAAAAAUAUUUUAAUAAAAUAAACUAAAUGUCGUGUCGUGUCGUGUCGUACGGUAUAAAUGUCGGGUGUUAGAGCGAAUAUAGCUUUAGCUUAAAUCGUCUGAGACACACAGCCUAGCGUUGUAUGAAGGCUGUCAAAUGUUCUGUCAAUGUCACUUAUUUGUAGUAGUAGUUCUAUUUUUCCGACUGGAAAGUCGAAGGUGUCACACUAUACAGCCUAAUCGUUUGUAUACUCUGCUAUAUAAAAAAAAAAUUGUGUUUAAAAUGUUAUGAGUGGAUGAAGUUGUGUGUAUUUGAGACUGUAUAGGAUGAAAUAAAAUAUCAGUAAAAUUGUGUUUAUUUAUAAAUACUUGUGGACUUUUUGGAAGAACCCGAGGAGCU